AUGAAUUGCUUAAGUUGGAACUGUAGGGGAGCAAGGGGAAGAAGGUUUCCCUCUUUGAUGAAUGACGUCAUCAGGGAGUAUAAUGUUGGACUCCUAUGCCUUAUGGAAACCCACAUCAGUGGUGAUUGUGCUUGGAAGGUUGCUCGUAAGAUUUCACUUGACAAGUGUUUCAUGGUCCAGGCUCAAGGACAAGCAGGAGGGAUUUGGUUCAUGUGGGACUCUAACAGAUGGUUCGUGGACAUUUUGGAGCACACUGCACACCUCAUUCAUAUCAAGAUCAAUGAAGGUGAUAACCUGUGGUUUUGCACUUUUGUUUAUGCAAGCCCACACCCACAAGGCCGUAUUCCACUUUGGCGGGAUAUAUCUCGGCUGGCGAGUUUUGUGGAUGGAGCAUGGCUAGUGAUGGGAGACUUUAAUGCAAUACUCCACCCCUAUGAAAGAGUGGGAAGUAUUAGCCAAACCUUCUUUAGAGGGGUCCAAGCUUUUAGAUCCUGCAUUAAUCAAACCAGCCUCAUGGAUAUGGGUUACAACGGAGCCCCUUUCACAUGGCGCCGUGGGAACCUAUUUGAAAGAUUGGACAGGGCCUUGGUGUCGUAUGAGUGGUGUGUAAGGUUCCCGGAUGCUUCGCUUUCACAUUUGAAUCCCCUAAAAUCUGACCACACACCAAUACUCGUAAGAUUUUCUACAAACAUGAGCGCCAUACCUAUCGUCGACCCUUUCGCUUUGAGGCUGCAUGGAUGA